UGAGUCCCAUUGGACUCGUCGCAGACAUCUCAGUCCAAGACAGCGAUAAACAGUCAGAAACAUUCAAACAAUCUGGGACUGCACUGCCACAUGCUAUUGAUGAUUUGGCCCACUCUCCGAGUCGCCGCGCCCAGUCCCAUUAGUGUUAUAGGCUCUUUAUGCCUGACGUCUCGACGUGGUUCUGCAUUUUCCGCCGGUUUUCUUCAUCGAUCUCUGACGAAGCGGAUGCUACAGAGUAUAUAAUUAAAAAUGGAUACGACAAAGAUUCCAUUUGGCGUCAACCAAUUUGUUGGGGUGACCAGGACUCCUUUCGACACGUUAAUAAUGUCCACUAUGUCAGGUUCGCUGAAUCAGCGAGGAUCCGAUUCAUGGAAUGCAUGGCAACCUCUGCUGGCGGGGACGCAAGAAAAGUCGCACUGCUAGCGGGUCAGGGCGUUGGGCUCAUCCUGAAGAGCGUGACAGUCGAUUUCAAGCGACCAGUCGUGUAUCCAGAUACGCUCAUUUUAUCGCAAAAACCGCACACAAUCGAAGCGACCCAGUUCUCUUUGACGACGGUAUACUACUCUUUGGCGCAAAGUACCACCGUGGCCAAGGCGGAAUCCGUCCUGGCUUGGUAUGACUACAACAAACUCAGGAAAUGCGAGGGACCGCAAGACCUGGUUGAGUACAUUCGCCUGAAACUGCCACCCGAUACUGGAGCUUUGCCAUGAUGAUAUCUUGAGAAUCCAUUGCACGCUAUACAUACAGUGCG